UUUUUGUCCUGUACACUAUGGAGAAGCAUUUUGUUUUCUACACGUUAUGUUACACUAUUUUGUUUCACCUUUUACCGUAUAAUGAAGCAACACCAUGGGCUAGGAGACAGUGUGAACAGGUAGCAAAAGGCUAUGAUUGUAGUGAUAUGAACCUACAAGUCAUUCCAAAUGAGAUCCCAAAUUCUGUUCAAAUUUUGACAUUUAGCUUCAACUAUCUUCCUGCCCUAUACAACUUUACUUUUCAGAGGCUGACAAGCUUGAAUUAUUUAGACCUGACAAGAUGUGGCAUCACUUUCAUGUAUGAAGACAUUUUUAAAUAUCAGCCGGACUUGGUGACCCUUAUCCUAAUCGGAAACCCACUUGUGUUCAUCGCAGAAAGAGCUUUUUCUGGACCUCUAGCACUCAAAUAUCUAAGCCUUGCUCAGUCAAAGAUACAAAGCCUAUCAGACAUCCCAUCAGAUAAUCUUGCAUAUUUGGAGGUUCUGGACAUUGGGGGAAGUGAAAUUCGAUCAUUAGACGGGCUAAGCAGUUUCCACUGUCAAAACUUACACAGUUUGCAGCUGGACAUGAACUCCAUUGACCAGAUAAAAGAGGAUGAUUUAGCACCGCUCCGCAAUGUGCACGGGAUGAGCAUCAGCUUAAAAGGAAACGAUCUUGUCAAUACAGAACCAGGUGCGUUUAAGUCACUGAACUUGAGUAGUCUUGAUUUGAGUGGCUGCUUUGGCAAGAUGAACUUCUCCUCCCUACUAAAAGGGCUUGAAGGCCUUAAAACCAACAGACUGAACCUGGGAUUGUAUGAAACCGAUCCAAAUGUAUACAUACCAUCAGCUGCACUACAAUCUUUGUGCAAGAUCUUUGUUACUGACCUGGAUUUCCAGCUUCAGCAUUUCUCAGACCUAAAUAACUUCCCAUUUGAUUGCCUUAAAUGGAUUAAAAAGCUUGACUUUACUAGAGCCCACCUGGAUUCAUUGCAGUUUACCAUGACUGGCCCAUCUACAUUGUCCCAUCUGGUGCUAGAUGAGAACCGAUUUAAAGAUGUCUGCAACAUCAACACCAGAAACUUUUCCUUGCUUACGCACUUGUCCGUGAGUGGGAAUUCAAAGCAACUCAAUUUUAGCAGCAAAUGCUUGGAGAAUCUUGGAAUCCUAGAAGAGCUGGAUCUUAGUCUUAGUUUAGUAAAUCCCAGGGGACCUUGUUGUAAUGACCAGCUGUUUGGUCUGAGUGAACUGAAGCUCCUCAAUCUCAGCUAUGGCUCACAAAUGUUCUGGAGUCCACAGCCUUUCAGUGCAACUCCACAGUUGGAGCACUUGGACUUCAGCCAUUCAUACUACACUUUGAAUGACAGCUCACCUUUUAGCAAUCUACAGAAUCUCAUAACUCUUAAUCUUUCCUGGUCCAAUACCAGUCUGACAAACGUGCACAUUUUCAAAGGGUUGAAGAAUUUGCAACUCCUCAAUUUGAAGGGGAACACAAUUCAAGGAGGGGUUCUUACCCAAAUGCAGCUCUUUCAAUAUGUCCCUCUUUUGGAAACCCUCAUUCUAUCUUCAUGCAAAAUAACUGCUUUUGAAGAGAACUUGUUUAAAGGUCUCAUGCAUCUCAGGCAAGUAGACCUGAGUGAAAACAAGUUGGUCAAACUGAGCACCUCUGGAUUUUACUCCCUGCAUUUUCUCCAACUUAACUAUGCCAGUAAUGCCAUUGUGACAGUGGAUGUUGGAAGCGUUAUGGACCUGGGAAAUAACAGUACUGUUGAUCUGAGCUACAAUCCCCUGGUAUGCAACUGUAGCAACUUUGAGUUCAUCAACUGGGUUAUAAAAAACAAAAUCAAAGUAAAACACUUAAUGGAGACCACUUGUAAUGGCACAGGAACAAGGAUUAUUGAUGCCAAACUUCAGUGUGAAUUACCUGUCGGUGUACUUGCAUUUAUUAUAAUUCUAGUAGCAAUACUAAUUACAUUGGCCAUUUUCUGCCUUGUCAGGAGAAUUAGAAAAUAUUCAAGAUAUUCCCAACUGUAAAUUAAGAGUUUGUUUGGUCUCCCUCCAAAUGCAGACUACAUAAACGUAAAACAUGAGCAUCUGCUUUAAGCUGGAGAUCAACAUUAGACUAAAUGUUUUUGUCUUCAUUUCAAAUAACAUAUAUGUGUCUAAUGUCUUUUUGCAGUCUCAUUAAAUCUACUUCCUUGAUUAUGGAGAUUUCAAGUCUUUUCAAGUAAUUUUAAAGGAAAGAGACAAUAAAAUGCAAUAAAAGGUCAUUUUGACAUGCCUUUUUAUUUUCAGUAUUAUACAGCUUUAGAAGUAUAAAUAUUUGUUUAGUAUACAACAUCUAUGACAUCCAUAGAGCUUUCUGUGGGUGAUGUACAAAGCUCAAAACCACGUCUUAUUGCACAGAUCCUAAAAGACAAUGAUAAGCAGAAUCAUCUACAUAAACACUGUUUUCACACAUAGAGAGGGGAAAGAAAACUCCAGAAAACAAGCAAGAACAUACUUAACUAGAAGGACAACAUUAGGCUACCACACCAAUGGUCUUCAACAGUAAAUGUCCGCUAAGAGGAACUCACACACACACACACACACACACACACACACACACACACACACACACACACACACACACACACACACACACACACACACACACACACACACACACACACACACACA